AUGCCUGUUUAUAUGGUGAUUUUUGGGUUAAAAAUAAUUUUUUUUUUCAAUUUUUCAAAGCAAUUUUCGUUCUUUUUUUAUAAAGCUUUCUCCUUUCACCAUGUCGUUUGGGAAUUUCUUGAAAAUUGGUCAGAACUCUUCUCAAUUUAUUAAUAUUCUGAAAGUCUCCAACUCUACAACUUCCUAGUUUUGGAGUAAGGACGCCUCAAAGUUCGUUAAAAAUACGCUGUUUUAGGUCUCUAAGCCCAAGUUUCUCGAAAAACUGGGAAGUUGUGCAGAUCACGGCUUCCAGGAUAUUCAUUAGGUACACCUAGGAGUAAUCUGGCCAAAUUUCAUUGAUAUCCCAACCACAAAGUGAAUCUAUCUUCCUAAUGAGAGCUUUAUAAAUUCCGAUUGCAUCUAGAAGUUCAUUUUAAUUUAUUUAGGCUUCACAGAAAAAAAGAAGAAAUAUUUUAUAUUCAGCACAAGUUCACGAGAUCGGUGACUCUGUCGCGGCCGUAUUUUCUAGGCGAAGGAUCGCUCCGUUCGCAUCGAAUCCCGCUGUCGGCAAUUCCUUGCCUCCAUCGGAAACGUGUUGAUGAACAGGUCACAGUUUGGACCUUUCCAAAGGCCCGGCCGAACAAGCGUUUUCUAACAAAAUAUAAGGAUUAAAAAAAAAUCUUUGGCUUUAGACGAGUGAAUAUUUUUUACGUUAAGAAUUGUUUUUUCAACCUAAGUUUGCUCCUCGCAAAGAACUAUCACAGUUUCCUAAAUUAUUCGUUCCAGGAAGCCAAGAAAAAGGAAGAACGAGAAAUCGCAGAGGCUACCUCGACCACUGAUAAUCCUAAACUUCUGCAACUGCAAAAUAUUCCGACGCUAACUCUUCAGGUUCACUUUCCUUAGCGAUAUUAGAGUAGCAUAGUAUUCCUAUUCGAAAGACGACGGCCGAGAAACGCGGUAGGCGUUUCUGGAUUUCGCGAACAUUUCACGCGACGAGAACGCAGGCUACCGUGCUGUUCUCGGCCCGCUCUUUUUUUCUUCAAUUUUUUUUUUGUUGUGGUGUUUUUUUAUAUGGCAAACGAGCUGUAGAGUUGCCAUGUGGUGCUUUCUACAAAAAAAAUUUUCUAUCAUGAAAUAAUUUUAUUCUGGAAGAACAGAGUUUUUUUCUAUUCAGAGAGGUUGCCGAAGACAAGAAUAAAAAAAGGACCUUUUUCUGUUAUAAAGUUAAUUUGAUUCUCAAAAAAAGACGGAUUUUUUUCCGAUUCAGGGAUCCUACCGAAAACAAAAAAAUAAAAAGAAAAAAACACCUUUUUUGUUAUAAAAAUUAAUUUUAUUCUCAAAGAAGACGGAUUUUUCUCUUCUCAGAGGCCUUGCCUAGAAUAAAGAUUGAAAAACCAUUCCUAUUAUGAAAUUAAAUUUAAUCUCAAAAAAAGACUGAUUUUUUUACUAUUCAGAGAUCCUACCGAAAAAGAAAAAAAUUGAAAGAGAAACACCUUUUUUUGUCGUAAAAUCUAUUUUUUUCUCAAAGAACACAGAUUUCUCCUAUUAAUAGAUCCUGUAGAAAGAAAAAUAAAAAUCUUAGGAAAUCAUUUUGAAAAAAUUUUUGGUCGCUCGAUUUUCCUUUUUAUUUUAUUUUUUUUUUGAAGAGCCUCUUUUGUUUGUAGCUCGUUUUGUCAUUUUCCCGUAAAUUAGGCUGUUUCGAUUGAAUUUUUUGAAUGGUGAAAAAAAAAACUUUUGAAAUUUGAUUUUUCUCAAAGGAAGGAAAUUUUUUCAUUAAAUAGAGUUUCUAAAGAAAAAGAAGCAUCUUGAUCGUCUAGGUGAAUAUAUCAUAUUUCAGUUUCAAUUUUCGAAAAUUGUGUUUAUUUCAAAAAGAAUGAUUCCUACACGAGUUCUAAGCGCUCUGCUUCAGAACCUAUGAAACUUUCCUAUUUCAUUAUUCCCCGAAUUUUACUUCAGAAACAAGAAGACCAUUCGCUGAGCAACGAUCAGGUCAUCGAAUACUGCUCCAGCCUUUUCAAGUUCAGGAAAAUACUCGUAGGAUAUUGAUUAUCAUCAUUUAUGUACUUUGUAUCCUCAGGUGAAAAAGUACAAGCACGUCUCGGAAAAGUUCAAAGCCAGAAAUCAGCGGAAAAUCAACGCCGCCUUGGCUAGAGCUGGUGCAGAUCCAUCUAUUGAUUAAUCGAUUAUCGAUUAACUUGAAAGGAAUCAAGGCGCCGCUGGAAGACGUCUUGUCGAAAGGAAUGGACGAGGAAGUCGCGAGAAAGAGAGGGGUUCGUUUUGGAAGUGAAAAUUAGAAGAUAUUUCAGAUUUUUGCUUUCAAAGGGACCGUGCGCCUUUAAUAAGAGUCAAAAAUGGAAGAUUAAGCAGGUCAUUCGAGUCUUGAAAUUGGCCAAAUCUAAGCACUUUUAUCAAAAUGAAAAAUGAGUAUCGAAAGGAAAAUAAGAAAGUGUCUCAGAUUUUUCUUCAAAAGAGACCCUGCGUUUUUAAUAAGAGCCUGAAAUGAGAGAUUAAGCUGAUCAUUAAAGUCUCGAAAUUGGCUAAAUUUAAGCACUUUUUACAUUUUUUUAUCGAAAUGAAAAAAAUAAGUAUCAAAAAGGAAAAUUAGAAAAAUGUCUCAGAUUUUUUUUAAAUAGGCAUUGCGCCUUUAAUAAGAGCCUGGAAUGAAUGAUUAAUCAAAAAAAAAAAGGAGAAAAAUUUGGAAUUAUGUCAGAUUUAUUUUUUUUUUCAAAGAGGCCUUGCGCCUUUAAUAAGAGCCUAAAAUGAAAAAUAUUUUGAUAAAGUCAAGUUUCGAAGGUCAAAGAAGUCAUUUUUGGACUCUCUAUGCGCCUUUAAUAAGACCCGUUUUUAUAGCUUCUGAUGCUGGCCAUGCCGCUCGCCGAAGGUCGAUUCAACAAAAAGAUGUUCUUGAUGAACCCCGUGGUUCGUUUCCCUUAAGUGACCCCUUAAAGAGGCGCCAACUUUCAGGGCAAAUCUUCGGUGAUGGUCCUGAACGAGUUCGCUCAGCGGGCCAUGAAGGCCAGGAUCGAGUACGUCAUUGACAACACCAGGUAAAAUUAGGGUACCUGACGAUAUUUCAAAGCCCUUUUCAAGGAACGUCUCCUGCCCUUAUCGAGCCUCGGCGACUCUGAUUAUCCGCAGAGCGAUUCGAAUCGAAAUGUCGGGGUCGAUUCGCGAAAAACUCGCUCUACUGCACGAAAAACAGGAGCUCUCCGAAGCCCCAACGUCCUCUGAUGACGUCAAGUUAUUUGGCGUUGAGCCCGAAGGUGCAUAGAAAAAUUGGUCAAUAGAAGUUUUGAAUUGAAGACUUUUUGUGCUGAAUUAUCCUUUUCAUAACUCUUCUCUAUCCUAGGAACUCCUCAGUGGUUAGGGGCCGAAAAAGUGGUCCCUUCAGGGGUAAUUCAAAUUGGUCCCUAUAGGAGUUAAAUUGAGGUGGUCUCUAUAAGAGUUUAGGGUAUGACCCCUCAGCCCUUAAAGUUUAAGUGGGCCCUAUAGGGGUCUUAAAAAAUAUCGACUAGCAUGUACCCUGAGGGGCCACUAACUAAAACCGAGGGGCCACUAACUAAAACCUCUAUAGGGAUCACUUUUGCUAGCUUUAGUGGACCCUUAGGGGUAGGUAAAGUGAUCCAAAGAGGGGACCUUCCAAUUUCCCCUAAAAUUGCCCCUAUAGGGACCACUCUGGAGUUCUUAGUUCUUUUUUUCCGCUUUCUCGUUUAAACAAUAGUCAGGGAAAAGAAGGCCUUAUUGCUUCAAUAGCCUAUCUUUAUUAAAUACUUAAAUUUCAAGAAAAAUUCGUCCUCGGUUAUGGUCAAGGGGCCAGCAAGAAGAACGCCCGCCUUGCCGCCGCAAAAGAUGCUUUGAAGGUUUUUAUUUAGCGAUUUCCGUUAUUUAACCAGUUUUUCCAGAACCUCGUCCCAUCCGUGAAUAUCAACGACGACUUCAUGGUGGAGGUGAACGACAAGAAGGACAACGGCGAUACGAACGGGACAAAUUACGAAGAACAGACGAUGGAACUCUUCGACACCAUCAAGGUUUCGGAAAAAAAGAGAGAGUAGAUUUCUUCAAGGAUAAGAUUGUAAAAUUUUAUAUUCCCUUAGAAGACGUGCAGAAGACGUGAAACAAACGACCCUUUUUUAAGCUCGCAAUUUUUUCAGAUCGAUGACAAUCGUGUGACGGAUCUCUGCACAAAAACUGGCCAUCCGAAGCCGUUGGCUCUAUUGAAAGUGGGUUUUUUUCAUAGGUUCUAGGAACUGGAGCUUUUCUCUUUCUUGACAGGACCUGUUUUUGAAAAAAAUUAGAAAGAGAGAUAAUUUUUUGAAAUCCAUUAUUAGACUUUUUGUAGCCGAAUCAAAGAAGUUUUGCUCGAAAUUUCCAGGAAGCCAUUGCGAAAUCGAUAAAAUGGAAUGGUUUAUGUCUGGACCGACAAAAUGAGCAGGUCGGACCCCAGAAAACUCGCGUCACACUGAAACUCGACAAAUUAGAAGCUCAGGUUGGUUUUGAAAACCUAGAUUCAUCAAACACUUUUAGAAAUCCAGAAAAUAGUGAAAAAAACUAGUUUCUUAAAGUUCAAGAGUGUUAGAGAGUAUUGGCAAAAAUAGAAAAAAAGCUUGAGAAUGUCUAGAUCGGAAAUAUGGAAAGGCUAGCCAAAAAUAAAACUUAGAGAAUGGGAAAAAUUAGGUGUUUCAGGCAUCAUUUUUAGCAGAUGCAUAAGAAGUUUGGAGAUGAAUAUAACAGAAAAAAAAAUUACGAAACCUGUAAAAAUACUAAAGUGACUGGUAUUUGAGAAAAUGGGGCCAUAACGAGUGUUAAAGACAUAUAAAAUCUAGCGAGUGUGAAAAAGAAGUUUGACAGUCACCAGUUUGACCUGGAGAGUCAGGUGAACUUUCAAAAAUCAUUUGAAGAGAUGGUUAGAAAAUCUGGGGACUGUGCGAAAUAGUUGGGUCCUGAAAGUUCGAGCUAAAAAAAGUAUAAAAAAAAAGAGAACCAAUUUUUUUCCAUGUGAGCGCAGACCGUCAUUUUGAACUUCUCAAUGAAAUUCUUUUUGAGUUUUUCCUUCUGAUAUAUCCAAUAUUUGAAACGAUAAACUUGGGUGAAAAAAAUUUUUCACUUUUGUUGUACUUCUUUCACUUGGAAUGGUUCAAUGACUUUUUCACUACAAUCUGAGCCAACUUGAAAUUUCCACAGGCCGAAGCGGUUGGCGGAAAAGCGGCCUCGCAACAAGCCGCCCAGAUAAUGCUUCAAUUAAUGCAUCCCGAGGUUUUUCAGAUUUUUGUAGAUUACUGUAAAAAUUUUUGUAGUUUGAACACUACGGAACGCUGCUGCGACUCUAUGCAAGUGUCGAGGAAAAAUCGGAACGGAAAUUGGCCCGAAAGCAGCACGAUCAGGUUACUUUCUGAAGAGAUGUAAAAAAAAAAUUCGUUGAAUUUAGGUGGUUCGAUUGCAAAAUAAGGGAAGUAUGCUGCUGCCAAACAUGGCGGUUCUCGGAAAACUGAAAGAAGAAAUGUUAAAGGUAAGCAUGGAACCUUUGAGGGAUUACUUGGAAAGCUUCAAGUGGUCAUUGAAGGGUUUUUGACGGCAAAUUUUGAAGUUUUUCAUUGAUUUUUUUCGUUGAUUCGCCACUUAGCUGUACAUUAAGGAUUCCCUUAAAACGCCCCGAUUUUGAGGCUAGCUGUAGAAAAAAUUGGGAAAAGCUCAAUAAAUAGUAAAAUCUAGUCGGGGCACUCAUACAGUUGACUCGAAAAUAAAAAAAUGAAAAAAAUCGAAUUUCCAAAAAUAGACGUCAAGUUCGAUGUUUGCGUACCUGACGUUAAAUUAAACGACAGUUUUUAAAAAAAGAUUAGAAAAAAAUCUCAGAAAAGUAGGAAAAAUCCAGUCCGAGCACGCAAGCAGAAUAAUUGUCAGGAAGAUGCAAAAAAAUUGAAAAAAAAAUUUUUUUACAAAAUAGGCGUCAAGUUCAAAGGUUGCGUACCUGAAGUUAAACUACACGACAGUUUUUUUUUUCACAACCCUCAAUUAUUUGAUUUUAUUCAGGUUGGCCGCGGCCAAACAGUCAGGCCUCCACUUGCGUAUUCUCGUCCGGCCCUUGAAGAGGGCGAUUCGGAUUAA